AGUUCUGGCCCAGACUCCACAAGCCCAGCCCUGUAGCUAACCUGCAACGUGCCGCGGCGUCCGAUGACGACGCUGCUCAAGUCAGGCGGGGCGCUCAGCCUCGGGACCGAGGAGCACAUUUCGCUGUUGAAAGGCACCGGCGGAGUUGCCGUGAGCACGGAGAGCAUGAGCGGGACGACGUUGCCUGGCCCUAGCCUCGUGGCCGAGAUGAGCGACGAGAUCCGGCGGUCUCAGACAGGACCGGCCGGUCCGACCAGCGGCAGCAGCUUGGGAGAUUUUGGGCAGGCCGACUCGGACCCUGUCAGGGCUCCGCCGCUCAGGCCGCAGGACAGACACCAGAGCCUCCCGACGAUUGUGCCGUCGGCAAAAAGCAGGCGGUCUCUUCCGGCGCUGACGCUGGUACCGACCAUCAAGAGAGACACGGCCGCAAUCAAGAAUGGCCGCAUGGCGACCGACGCCCACAUCGUCGGGGACCUGCUUCUCGACCCGAUCAAUGUGCUGCUCGUCGCAAGCCCAUUCGGCAUUCUGGGAGAACUGCAAGGGUGGCCUGAAGGCUUGACGUUCGUACUCUGCUUCCUCGCAUUGGUGCCACUCGCAAAACUGCUGGGGGACGCCACGGAGCACCUGGCAGAGAACCUGAAUCAAACUGUUGGCGGGCUCCUCAACGCUACGUUUGGCAAUGCUGUAGAGAUGAUCAUAACCAUCAAUGCCAUAAAGAACGGUCUCCUCGACAUCGUUAAGAGCAGCCUCCUUGGGUCCAUCUUGUCGAACCUCCUUCUUGUCCUCGGCAUGGCGUUCUUCGCAGGCGGGCUGGCGAAGCCAGUGCAGAAAUUCUCAGACUCCGCCGCACUGAUCAACAUUACGAUGCUGCUGGUGGGGGUGAUGUCUUUCUCACUCCCAACGGUUUUCUCCUUCGGCAAACCAGAAGGAGCUUCUUUGGAGAUCUCACGCGUGAGCGCUAUGUUUGUCAGCGUAGGCUAUGUUGCGUACUUGGUGUUUCAGUUGCACACCCACGUAGAGAUUUUCGAGGAUGACAGCGACGAUGACCAGAAGGACUUGAAUUGUGAAGCUGAUGCCGAGGCUCCGACUUCGAAGGUCUCCUCCGCAUCAAUGCCGCUGGCAUCCGGCGUUCUGCUGGCCGACGACGCUGACAUCCCAGAGGUUGAGGAUGGCGUAUUGAGUGUCCCCUGGGCUUUGGGUCUGUUGCUGGUCAGCACGGUGGCUGUAGCCGCUCUGUCUGAAGUUAUGGUCGAUUCUAUUGAUGGCAUGGUCAUUGCGUGGCGUGUUCCGCGGUCGUUCGUCGGCGUCAUUUUGUUGCCGAUAGUGGGCAACGCCUGCGAGCACGCCUCCGCAGUGCGGAUGGCCUACAACUCGAAGAUGGGCGCCGCGAUCGCCAUCGCUGUUGGGUCGAGCACGCAGAUAGCGAUGUUCGUGAUGCCAUUUUCGGUGCUGGCAGGCUGGAUGGUCGGCCAGCCCCUUGACUUGAACCUCGGAGCGACCGGGCUGGCCGUAAUGAUCCUCUCCGUGCUGGUGGUGUUCUCGAUCGUGAUGGACGGCAAGUCCAAUUGGUUGGAGGAGCAGGUGGCGAAGUUCGGGGAAGAGUCCAGCACUGACAGGGGGCGCGUCGCCGAGCUCGAGGACGAAUUGGCCAAGAGUCGGAAGGCGUUCGAGGCCGAGGUUGCGAAGAUGGAAUCGGCACAAUCUCGGCUUUCGGGAGAUGCCGAGGAGGCAAGGGCCAAGGCUGCUGAAUUGGAGGAGCACGUGUCCAAGUUCCGGGGCGAGUCUGAGGCUGCGAGGGGCCGCGUCGUCGAGCUCGAGGGUGAGCUGGCCAAGAGGAGGAAGGCUGACGAGGCCGAAAGUGCGAAGCUGGAAUCGCUGCACUCGCGACUCUCAGCAGAUGUCGAGGAGGCACGGGCUAAGGCUGCUGCAUUGGAGGAGCAAGUGGCGAAGUUCCGGGGCGAGUCCGACACUGCGAGGGGCCGCGUCGCCGAGCUCGAAGACGAGUUAGCCAAGAGUCGGGAGGCGGUCGUGGCUGAUGGUGCGAACCUGGAGUCGGCGCAGUCGCGGUUUUCGGCUGACGCCGAGGAAGCGAUGGCCAAAGUGGCUGCAUUGGAGGGGCAAGUGGCGAGGUUCCGGGGCGAGUCCGAGACUGCGAGGGGCCGCGUCGCCGAGAUCGAGGAUGAGUUAGCCAAGCGGGAGGACUUGAGUGUUUCUUUUGGGUGGGUGGUCGGGCACGGCAUCGAGUUGCAUCUUAUAUUCGGUUCAGUGGCAUAGUAGGGGGAGAUUGUGACCCACCACUUGAUGACCACCGUGCGAAAUCGCGUUCCGCAUUUGAAAGAGAUGCCGCGCGCGCGUCGGACAGCCUGCACGCAUAUAAAGCAGUACUGCUUGUCAGGAAUGCCUGCCCGCUGUUUGUACACAGUGCAUUGCGAAAUGGUAAGCAGCAUAUGGUGGUAUAUCUUCAUCGUUUCGAUCCUUGACUGUUCCCUACAAGUGAGGCACUUCUACGUGUUUGACUGUCCCCCUGGCUGCCUUUGAGGAUAUCUCGGGUUUGUCUGGUGUUAUCUCCCUUUCAAUCGUUGUUCAUGUUAUAAGCGAUGCCGUCAAUGUCUCAUCUACCUUUACGGCUUCUGCAGAGUGGGACGUGCCGUCUGAAAGUCCAAUAGGCAGUGUUGCGAACAGCACGGCUUGCGUUGCCAUUAUGUCCAUACUCAUUCCCUUGCGCACUGCAGCCCCGC